UUCCUCCUCCACUUACAGAAGAGUGUGUUGAACAUGAGGUGGUUUCUCUUACUAUAAAACUUAGUCAAGAUGUCUACCACGGCCGAGUAUGACUGUGUGGUGAUCGGGUCCGGCGUUCAGGGCUCGUUCGCGGCUUACGAGCUGGCCAAGAAGAACCAGAAGACUCUAGUACUGGAGCAGUUUAUCCUGCCCCACACACGAGGGAGCUCCCAUGGCCAAACCCGCAUCAUACGCAGUGCUUACGAGCAGGACUUCUACACCCACAUGAUGGAGGAGUGCUACGAGUUGUGGGCUCAGCUGGAGAAGAAGUCAGGCGUCAAACUGUUCAGACAAACAGGACUCCUGGUGAUGGGGCCUGAGAACAGCCAGACUUACCAGAUGAUGAAGAGCACCCUGCAGAAGAACAAGGUUCCUAUAGUAACCCUGACCUGUGACAACUUCAGCCAGCACAUCCCCAAUGUCACUCUGACUGAGGGAGAUGGAGCUUUGGUGGACAUUACUGCUGGAGUUCUCUAUGCAGACCGUGUACUCAAGACUGUGCAGGAGGAGUUUAAGAAGUUGGGUGGAAUCAUAAGAGACAACGAGAAGGUGACAGACAUCGAGCCUGGUCCUGUUGUGAAAGUGUCAAGCACUGCUGGGGUUUAUCGAGCCAAGAGUGUAGUCAUCACCGCUGGACCAUGGGCUAACAGCCUGCUGGCCCACACCGGCUUACAGCUGCCACUUGAGGUGAUGAAGAUCAACGUGUGCUACUGGAAAGAGAAGGUUCCUGGAUCAUAUGACGUGAAUCGGCGCUUCCCCAGCUUCAUUACGACUGAGAGCGAGGAGACAGACGAGCACAUUUAUGGCCUCCCCUCCAAUGAGUACCCGGGCCUGAUGAAGAUAUGCCACCACAUAGGCAGUAUGACAGACCCCGACCAGAGAGACAAGCAGACAGACAGGUCUGAUAUUGACAUCCUUCAGCGCUACAUCGCCCGCUGUUUCCCCGGCCUGCACCCUGAACCUGCGGUGGUGGAGAGCUGCAUGUAUACACUGACUCCUGACCGUCACUUUGUGCUGGACUGCCACCCCACUUACAACAACAUUGUGAUUGGAGCAGGAUUCUCAGGUCACGGCUUCAAGUUUGGACCAAUCAUCGGCAAGCUUCUGAGUGAACUCAGCCUGGGACAAGUGCCCUCCCAUGACCUUUCACCUUUCCGCAUCAAACGCUUCCAGGAAAAGAUGAAAUCCGCUUUGUAGAUUUGAGCCGGUGCUCGAGUAUAAAGCGUAUCAUCAAGCUGUCUUCAAAUUCUUGUAGCAUGAUCUGAGGAUGUAAGGUCUUUUAAUUAGGUUGUUGAACACAACUGCACAGUGGCUAUAACAAAUAGCUGUUUUCAGACACGACUCUUUGUCGUUGCUCUGCACACUGACAGGUGACUGUCUACAGCAGGGGUGUCAAACUCAUUUUUGUUUAGGGGCCACAUACAGCACAAUUUGAUCUCAAGGGGGCCGGACCAGUAAAAAUAGUAAAAUAAUAGCAAUAAUAACCUAUGAACAACAAGAACCCCUUUGUUUUUUCUCCUUUGUUUUACAUUUACUGAAGGAUAAUUUUACAAAACAUGAAAUUUCUUGAGAACUAUAAGUGCAAUUUCAACAAUAUCAUGCCUAAAUUUACUAUUUACACAGCACACUGGAUCUAUAAAGGCACAAACAUUUGGUCAUGGGUGUCUGGAGCAUUUGACAUUACGUUUAGAUUAGUGUGAAAUUUGAACACAUUCAUCCUGUGGGCCGAUUGGACCCUCUGGCGGGCCGGUUCUGGCCCCCGGGCCGUAUGUUUGACACCCCUGGUCUACAGCGUCCAGAUGAACUCAUGUAUGAGUUAGAACGCUGUGACAUUUUCCUUCUGCGUUAUCAGGAAAUUUGACCAGGACAAAUUUAUGCACGUCUGAAAGCAGCUAUAGAAGCAACACAUAUUAAAUCACUGCCAACUGUUCGAUGUCCAGGCCUCAUGUGCUGUUUAAUGAUGACUAAUAAAUCAUAUUCUGACUGCA